UUUUAUUCAUACUACAACGGUACAACCAAAACGUAUCAUAAUUUACAGGCUUACAGCCUAGUUUAACUAGCAAGUGCUACUGCACAUCGGUAUUCGACGCAAUUGAUUGUGAGACUUUGGAUGGCUAUGCUUUUGAAUUCAACAAAAUGUUGACUAUCCAGUUUGUGAGAUUGCGCUACGGGGCGCUGUGCGAAGUGCGCGAGGACCAUUGCUGAAAACGCUACUCCACGGUUACGAAGCGAAAACCUGCCUUAUCCACUUAAUAUGUGCUAUACGAGCUGUUUUUCUCGUAUCUUUGUUUUUCCAAUUUGACAUAUUAAAUCUCCAUAAAUCUUUUGUAGAUUGUGUCAUUGUGAUUUUUACAAUGAAUUCCGAUCAUAAAAUACUGACCAGUGGAGAGGAAACAAUCACCGGGAAUAUCGAAGAAAUGACCAUAGCCGAACCCAUAUCGAUUGAUCCCGAGCCCAGUGAGCAUUUGGAUUUAUCCCACAAGGCGGAGGCUAAUUACAAUCACCUUCUGCGGAUUCUAGCGUCACCCGGGCGUUAUCAGAUGUGGCUCAUCUUUUUACUCUCGCUGGGCAUAAUUACUACAACCACCCAUGAUUUUGCUGCCAUCUUCUACAGCACACCACCCAAAGCGACAUACUGCGUGAUUCCCGAACAUCAAACGAAAAACGGGAAGUGGGAAGUGGAUCCUUGUCAGAAGAGUUAUUCUGUCAAUGCGACCCUGGGACAUCGAGAUGGCGAUCCGGUUUUGCUUGCCUUGAUGGAUCCCGAUUACUGCUUUAUUGUGCCUCGCAUGGAGAACGGGAAUACAAGUGCGACGGAGAAAGGAGCGUGUGCGUUGUGGGCCUGUCAGUAUGAAGUGCAGCGGCAGUGGUCGUAUACGAGGGAGUGGACGGUCGUGGCGCAGUGGGAUUUGUCAUGCGAUGCAUUCUGGCUGUAUUCGUUUUCCCUUUUCCUGUAUUUCGCAGGGGCGUUGGCAGGGGUAUUUUUAUUCGACAUGCUAUGCAAACGGUUUGGUUAUAAAAUGAACUUUCUGGCUCGUUUCGGCAUAACCAUACUGCUGUGCAUCGGUCUGGGUUUCGAAAGAAUGUUUUGGCUGUUCGUUCUAAUAAGGUUCCUUUUGGGAGCAGUUAGUCAUAGUAUUCGCUACUCUUGUGUCCGGCUAAUUUUGGAUUUGUUACCGUCAGAGCAGCGUCUGGGUUCUAUCGCGGUCAUUUCCGCUGGAUCUGGAUUUGGUUUAAUAGUAUUAGCGGGUGUUGCAUUUGCUGUUCGCGAUUGGCGAUAUAUUCUAAUUGCAACAUCCGUCCUGAGUAUUGUGGGCAUGAUGUACCGCUGGAUGGUGCCACAAUCCUUGCACUGGUUGAUGAGCCAUAAUCAGGCUAUGUCGGCGCAACAAGUUUUCUACAAAAUUUUAGCCAACAACCGCCAGUUUGUCCCGGCGGGAAUUGACGGAAUAAUUAGUGGCGCCACAGUCACCAUGACUAAGGCUCAGGAGAACAGCAGAUCAUGGACGAGUUUGAUGUCAUCGUCGUCGAUAUCAAAACCAUUUGCAAGUAUUGUUACGCUCUGUUUUGUCGCAAAUAUGGUGCAUUAUGGAAUUUUACUUUCCGUCCCGUUGUUGGGAGGCGGAGUAUACAUUAAUGUUUUCGUUAGCGGUGUUCUGGACGUGCUGGCCAUCGUCGGCACUAUGCUGGCUGUACGACGUAUGAACAUUGUUCGAAUUUUGUUUGUCAGCGUUUUCAUGAGUGGACUGCUUAUAUUGGCUGGUGGACUAAUACCUGGUGGUUUUGAUAAAUACGGUACAGUGGAAAUCACCCGGUCCGCUCUAGUGUUGUUGGGGCGGGUGGGCAUGGGAACCACGAUGGCGUUAUUAUUGGAAUUGCUGUUCCGAACCGUGCCAGCGGAUGUGAGGAGCAGCGCAGUGGGGAUGUUUUGCGGGCUGAGCGUGGCAGGAGCAGCAGUCGGUUCCAUGUUUGUGCAUUUGGGUCGAUUUAAUUAUGAAGUGGAGUUUACCUUGUUCGGCAUUAUUUGCGUUUGUGUCUCCUUCUUGACUUUUGCGUUACCUUAUGAUCCGCCUUUUCACGUGGCUGACCACCUGCAUGCUCCAGUGGCACAACACGAUUUCGGACAGUUGGAAGACGAAGUUGUUUUUGAACACUUACCGGAAAUGGACCCAAAAAGUCCUUAUGUUCUGUAACUAAAAACAGACGACCUAUGUUGAAACGUAGAAGUGUAGUGUUCUUCUCCUGUAAAGUUUAAAGUUUUGUUAAAAAUCUCUCCAUUGGCCAAAUUGUUUGGAUGGCAGCUUUUACGAUUGUUGAAUUUUGCAAGUGGUUUUAUCCGUUCCCUUUUUGCCAAGUGAUUAGAUUUGUUUUCUGUUUGGAUCUAGUCAGGUUUAAUGGUUUUGAAAAUUUAACAUUUGUUUGAAUAAAAUUACUGAUAAAUGCGCUGAACCAGUUCCUCACAAGUGACUGCAAUUAGUAACCACUUCUCAACCAGG